AUGUCAUGGGCCACGAGUAGGCCCUCCAGUGCUGGGGGAUUCGGGCCGGCACCGAGAAACCGAGUGCGAAGCAGUAGUGGUGGUCCACCAGCGCAGGGCACCCGUAGUAAGCGGACUAGUGCUAGGGCGUCUGUGGAGAGGAGGGCCACUGCUGUGGUUAACGGUCUCAGGGAGCCGCCUUCGCCACCAAGAGACAUCCCGCCGACGAACGAUGUCGAUGCUCUGGAGCAGGCGCUUGUCGUGAGCAUACGUACGGCGGGUCUUAAGCCGGGGAGGGAAAACCAGCUGGUGGACGAGGCGACUCGGCUGCGACGGCGGAGGAAGGCCUGGCUAGAAGAAGCGGAGAUCGUGUUUCGAGAGUGGGUGGGGCACGCCAAUCUUCUCUGGGAGCUCCACAAGCAAGAGGUCUCGAAGCUGAGCGACAGCCAGCGCGAGCGGGAGAGGCAACACGCGCGUAGCCUGGCGAACCUGAAGGAACGGUUGGAGGAAGAACGAGAGCGCACCCGCGCCGCCGUGGUGGAGGAGCGGGAAGCUUCGAAGGCACAGCUCCGGGCGGCCCAAGAGGCGCAGGAGCUGUGGGCAAAGGCGCACCGGGAUGAGUCGGCGGCGGCGGCAAAGCGGGAGAUUGCCAGGACGACAGCUCGCCUGCGCCGAGACUCGGAACAACACGCAAGCAGCGUGAAAGAAACGCUCGAGGCGGCGUAUGCUGAUCGAAUGGCCGCUGCGCUGGAGAAGAGCGAGGAAUCCGCCGCAUUGUUAUCCACCGCUCAAAAAAAGGCAUUUCGAUUGGAGGCUACGACCCGUCGCUUGGAGGCUCAGCUAGCGGAAGCGGCGGAGCGAAACCGGAGGAUGGAACAUCUGUCGCAGACCCAGAACGCGGCGGUGAAAGAGCUGAAGGAAGAUCUGGAGAAGCGAGCCCGGCGAUUGGCCCGCCGCCUAGAAGAAGACAAAGCCUCGCACGAAAAGGAGAGAGAAGCUCACGCGUCGGAGCUGCUCACAGUCAAGGCGCAGGCGAUCGAGCGGCUGACAGACGGACUGAAAAGUUCCAGGCAGAGAGCGGAGACGGCGGAAGCCCUUCUCGAGGAGCUUCAGAGAGGAAUCUGCCCUCCCUUUGUACCAGGGUCGGGAUCACAUCGCCAUUCCCCAAAUCACAGGGAUAGUAGGAAUAAUAGCAGCAGAAGCCAGCACAGCCAUCAUCACCAACACGGGCGGUACCAUUCAGAUUCUUUUUCUCGCCCCGUCCACUCUCCGGAAAACACUCGCUGA